AUGGCUGAAGCACUUAGUAUGUUAGACAGUAGUGAAGACAAAAACGAUUUUGAGGGGUUUUUAAUCGACGAAACGGUUGAAGAAACACGGCCUAUCGCAGCGGGAACAUCGGCGGUUUCGUGGAGAGACAUAGCGGGCGAUUCGGACGACGAUGAAGAGGACUUUCACGGUUUUUCUGACAUCGAAGUUCAAGAACUCAACAGCGAUAGUGUGAGCAAAAGUGGAAGCGAGAUAAGUAACAAUAGUUUUGAUGGUAUUUUUGAAUGGAAAGAUAAUUUAAGUAGUGUUAGUGUUGAAGACUUUACUGCCGACUUUGGUCCUCAACAUGGCUUGGGUUUAGACGCUUCCCCUAAGGACUUUUUUGAGUUGUUUUUCAAUCUCAUUGUGCAUGCUUUUCAAUCUCAUUGUGCAUGCUACAAUUUCGUACGCCCGUUCAAAAUUUAACGAUCCAAAUUUUACAACCAACCGCGACGAAAUGUCUGCAUUUUUUGGCUUGAAUAUUUUGAUGGGAAUAAACAAACUUCCAAAAAUCCGGUCAUACUGGGAUUCAAAUUUAUUUUUAGGAAAUACCGGCUUUAAAACAACAAUGCCUUCCAAACGUUUCCAGAUUUUGAACAAGUAUUUUCAUAUUUCGGACCCGCGGCAAGAAAACCCAACCGAUAAACUUACAAAAAUUCGGCCCCUUAUUUCAAAGCUCGAAAAUGCUUUUCAAGAUGUUUAUGUGCCUGGAAAAAAUAUUUCAAUUGAUGAGGGUUUGAUUAAAUUUAAUGGUCGUUUAUCUUUCAAGCAAUAUAUGCCUAAAAAACCGAAUAAAUUUGGUAUCAAAAUUUGGAUGUUAGCCGAUUCUGAAACUUACUUCGUGCCGCGCUUUCAAGUUUACUUAGGUAAACAACAAAAUGCCGAUGAAAAUGAUGCGGAAGAGGCGCGAGGUCUUCGGUUUUAA